GAAGGUUGUAUAUAUUUUCGUUGGCUUAACGAAACAAGUAGCCGUGUAGUUAAGCCAACGCUAACGAAAUUACAAUUUUGAAAUAUAAAAGUAACGUGUCCUGUUUUCAAUCGCAAUUAUACAAAGUUUUAGGGCAGUGCUUCGAAACGUAAUACUCGUACCUUGGAUUUAAAGUGCCGCGCGCGGCGAGAUCAGUUUGUAAGGGUUGGCAAGACUGUUCGGAAAAUUCGGAAAGUGAACAGGUGUUUUUUGAAUGGAUUAGGGAGAAUAAGCGACGAGGACGCAAAAGGAUUUGCGAAUGGUGAAGGAUCGACGGGCAGCAUGAUAGUUGUGAUUAAACGAUAAUUUAGAAAAUGCAUUGGGAUUUAUGUUUGGAUUUCAGCUGUUACUGAAAAUGAGAUGAAGCGACAGAGGCAAUUAUGACAUGCACGGAUGACAAGGAUAGUACGCAGCCUACCUAGCUAUUCCGUGGUACCGUAGAGCGAAUAAAAGCGGAAGAUUAAAUAUGCCACACCAGUUUGGGUUGCCUACGAUGGCGCAUGGAAUGCAAUCUCCUCCUUCGCCAACUUCGGUCAUGUCGGUAUAUCCAAGGUUCGGAUCUAGCGUCUACAGACCAGAUCACCAAGAUCAAAGGUUGACACGCGAGGCAAUGGAGCGUUACUUGCGCGAUAGAAGCGACAUGGUUAUCGUGAUUCUUCAUGCUAAAGUCGCGCAAAAGUCGUACGGUAACGAGAAACGGUUCUUCUGUCCUCCACCGUGUAUCUAUUUGUUUGGCGACGGUUGGAGGAUGCGGCAGGAGCAGAUGCUUCGCGAAGGAGAGAGCGAACAAUCGGCGCAGCUCUGCGCCUUCAUCGGUAUCGGUAACUCUGACCAGGACAUGCAACAAUUGGACCUGAACAAUGGGAAACAGUAUUGCGCGGCGAAGACGCUAUACAUUUCCGAUUCAGACAAGAGGAAACACUUUAUGCUCUCGGUGAAAAUGUUUUAUGGUAGUGGUCACGAUAUCGGCGUAUUUCACAGUAAAAGGAUCAAGGUGAUCUCGAAGCCCUCGAAGAAGAAACAGUCGUUGAAGAACGCUGAUUUGUGUAUAGCAAGCGGGACGAAAGUGGCACUGUUCAAUCGGUUGCGAUCUCAAACGGUGAGUACGCGUUAUCUUCACGUGGAAAACGGUAACUUCCACGCAAGUUCGACGCAAUGGGGUGCGUUUACGAUACACUUACUGGACGACAACGAGAGCGAGUCGGAGGAGUUUCAAGUGAGGGACGGUUACGUGCACUAUGGCAGUACAGUAAAGUUAGUAUGUUCCGUAACAGGAAUGGCGCUACCGCGGUUAGUAAUUCGGAAGGUGGACAAACAGAUGGCCAGUUUGGAGGCUGACGAUCCUGUUUCACAGCUACACAAAUGCGCCUUUUACAUGAAGGACACGGAUCACAUGUAUUUGUGUUUGUCUCAAGAACGCAUAAUACAAUUCCAGGCCACUCCAUGCCCGAAAGAGGCGAACAAAGAAAUGAUAAACGACGGCGCUUGCUGGACGAUCAUCAGUACAGACAAAGCGGAGUAUCAGUUCUUCGAGGGCAUGGGGCCGGUCAGGUCACCUGUAACUCCGGUACCACUUGUUCAUAGUUUGCACUUGAACGGUGGAGGCGAUGUAGCGAUGCUAGAGCUCACGGGCGACAAUUUCACGCCAAAUCUUCAGGUGUGGUUUGGCGAUGUGGAGGCUGAAACCAUGUACAGAUGCCAGGAGAGCAUGCUCUGCGUGGUCCCCGAUAUAUCACAGUUCAGAGGCGAGUGGCUCUGGGUCAGGCAACCGACUCAGGUGCCCGUCUCGCUGGUCCGCAACGACGGCAUCAUCUAUGCCACUGGGUUAACGUUUACGUACACCCCAGAGCCUGGACCACGGCCUCAUUGUCCACCUGCCGACGAGAUCAUGAGAGCUCCUCGAGCCAUGCACAAUCAAGCCAGUAUGCCACCCGCGAUCGCAGACGUACCCUGGAACACCCAUCAACCGCCACAGCCGGGUCUCUGAUGUUUCCUAGACAAUUACACCGUGCAUCACCAAAGUUUACGGCGCAGCGAGACGAACGCUGUCCGCUGUACGAACGUUCAUCCGCGGAACGACGACGAAGUUCCAAUUUCUAUCGAUAACGAGUCAGCCAACGGGGACGGUGACUCGACAACGUACGCGACGAAAGACCUGCUGCUUCAGGUCGACGACGCGGCAAGACGUUUAGACAAUACGAAGACGACGUAACAGUUCUUUUGCUACGUCGCCUAUCUCUCGCAGAACAUACCUAUUCGAGUCCGAAACCGUGUACAAUGUGCCGUGUAUUGUUUCCCUAUGUUCAUACCGCUACCCAGAGUUGAGCACAUUUUUAUCUAGAUAACGAGAAAUAAUUUACAUCAAGUCACAGAAGUAUUCUUAUUCCCUCGACCGCUGACUUCAGACGGGGUUGAUGUAUAUUAUUAAAACAAAUUGUUAUGGGGUAAAUAUAUAUGUAAGCUUUUGAUUGAAGUCAACAGUUGAGAGAGUACAAGUACUUGUGUGUAGUAUUUGUGUACUGUAUGCAAUUUUUCUUUGGUAUAAAAACAUUUAAAAACCCGCAUGAACGGAAGUAAAAUCACGUCACACGCAAACAUGCAAUCAAUGUCACACACGAAGCAUACAUUCAGCACAAAAAUAAGGCAAGACCUACACAAGCCACAAAGAUCACAUGUGGUACACAAAUACUAAGUGUUUUGUUAAUUCUUCGAAUAACAUUUUAUCUAGAUAAAGAUUUAUUCGAAAUUAAUCGAAUAAUGUCCAACUCCGCCGCAACCCAACCGUAGGUUUUUAGCUUUAAGUGUUGAUACAGAUUUACACAGAGAGAAAUUAAUAAUUUAUAGCACUCUUAGGAUUAAAAGCUUUCUACGAAUGUGAAUAUUUAGCCAAUCGCGUGGCACAAGGAUGGGAACAGGACGACAAAUUUGCGAUUCAGGCUCGUCGCGAUACGCUUUCUUUCGUAUUCGACGAGCCAACGAAACUCGCGGUUCGGUCCGUGCAAUUGCAUAUCGAUCACUGAAACUGGUUGUGCAUUCGACAUCGAUUCCGUUCGUUCCCGAAGGAUAAGAGUCACUUUAUCGACGAAAUCCAGUUUGGUUUCAAUUCUGAUUGCAAUACAGGAAACAGCGUGGCAAACGGUGCAAUAUACGCAUACGGAUAUUCGCUCGCGUAGUUUUAUUUUCUCUUCUCAUUUUUUCGCGUGCUCUUAACUCACAUUUUCUACAUUUAUACAGCUCUAUCUUCGAUCUACCCUUAACCCUCCAGUCCUGGACGGUCUUGAGACUUUUCUGUUUGAAGAAUGCAAGUAAAUUGUAUUUAUUAUUUAAAAUUGUCGUAAAAUAUGAGAAUGGUAAAAGAAAAAUAAUAUUAAGUGAUACUAGCGUGUCCGUGGCUGGAGGAUUAAAACAAUCUUCAUCGUGUUUAUUAAAAAGAAACUGAGUCUCGCGCAAAACAUUUGGACGGAUAUCCAUCAGGAAUGGGUGAUCUUAAUCUACGGCACGCAACGAUCUAUUAGUCGUUUACAAAGCUCGUUCCGUUUUUAUAUUAAAAUUAUGAAUUGACACCAUUUUGUUCAACUAUAUAAAAAUCUCAUCAUGAAGAAUCUCUGCAAUCUUGCAUCAAAUAACUCGUCUAAAUGCAUUUUAACAGCAUUUACAUUUCCACAUCGUCUAUUUAUUUAAAAAACCGGAACAAACUUUAUCAACGACCCAAUGAUACAUGCGUGAUUUCUUCUUCUUUUUUUCCUAGCGUCGAAAAUUGUUUUCGACUUUCGACUCGAGUUUACCUUAUGAUUUCUCUUAAUAUUAUUUUAUGUAUAUAUCAAUGCAUGACUCACAAGAUUAUCAUGAUUUCAUUGUGCUACGAUUACGUGUAAUCUCAGAGAUAUGUCUAAGUUUCGCAAAACUGUUCGUAUGGCAUAGAAAUAACUCUAGUUUUAACGUGGGAGAAAACGAAGAGCGAGUCGUUAGGAUCUUGUCAGAGUAAUGAACGCUACUCGAAUUAAUUUUGCGCGGUGUUCGGGUAUCGCGGUUUCACCUUGACGUUUGUUAUUUAUUACCAGAGUUUUCGUAUUAUACAUUUUCGCCGGUGAAACCUUCGGUUAUGCUUCUUUAACGUAUAAAUUGUACUGUGCACGCUUUAUAUUAAUUUUGCUACCUAUCGACGUAUCGAUUUCUUGGUAUCGGUAUAUUCGCAAAAGCGGAACUGUACUUGUUUAAAAAGUACGUAUGCAUCGGUGCAUUUCUAACUGAAGAUAAGAUACGAAAUCCUUGCUUCGUGAUUUCUGUCAUAUGCAAAUCUCAAGAUUCGGGGUUAGUUAUAAUUACGAUUAAAUAGACGAGGUGCAACGAAGAUUUUUUAUAAGAAAUAGGGUGCACCGAAGGAAUGCGUAUUCUUCGAUAUUUAAUCGAACCCUUUGAGAAUAGAAAAAUGCCUAAAAUUAUUAAUUGUUUGUGAUCAUAGAAAAUAUACGUAUAAUAUUUUCUUACGUUGUCGUUUUGAAUCUUGUGCUUGUAAUGUAUUUUAUUUGAUAGGGAGAGAAGAAACGUUGCACGGAAGUAGAAAUAGUAUUCGUGUACUAUAAUAAAUUUUACGAUAUCGAAAGAGUGCAAACACUAUGAGCUGAAAAUAGUUCGUUUCUUGGCUCCUCGACUUCAUAGAAUCGGUACAGGCUUUUUUCAAGAUACCAUCGAAUAUAAUUAUCUUCAGCAGGAAGCGAGAUAGGAUCGCUUUGGGAAUUGUCUUCCUGAAGAGAUCCAUUGUAAACGAGGAAUGUCGGUAUAUGUAUUCCAUGGGAAUUUACCCACGAUUAAAAUUUGCACCGAGUACCUGAAGAACACGAUUAUCUUUAUUCACAGUAAUAAAUUGCGAAUUAAUAAUAAUUACAUCCUUACAUGUAUCAUUGGACGGAUAUUCAAUGAAUAAUAAUUGUAAACUCGUUAUAUCGGAAAGACAAUUUCGAGUGUACGUUCGCACGUAAUUUCUCAGUGCUCAAGUUCGGAAGAAUGUUCGUUGACUUGGGAUUCUUUCGAUCGAAUAGUUUUAGUUGCACACAAAUUUGUCUUUAUCUCGAAGCGACAGAAUACGUUUGAGCGUGAAAUUCUUUAAUUAUAUCUCCUAUAUAUUAAAAUAAUAUUUUACAAAACUAUAUGAAAAUCUUAUUUGUAAAUAAAUCAUAUACAAUUUUUUCAGCUAA